AUGAUCUCCAGACGCGACAAAUUAUUGCAACAGCCAUGGGAGCAAUUGCGCUUUGCACAGCAUCGCGAAAAGGUAAUGUCCGCAAGGCCAGCGAUUGAUACGAAGUCACCGCGACAGCAUGAUCAUGUGCAGCGCAAAUGGAAGAAGCAGCAAAACGAACGAGAGCGCCAGCAGCAGAUUGAGCGCGAGAAUCUGCGGCUGCUGCAAAAGCUGGGCGACAUAAUGCGCAGCAAGCGCAUGAAUAAUCUUUGGCUGGAGCCGCGACCAGACUUUUUGCAGCGAGAGAAACUCUUUGCUCCACGUCCCUACUCCAGUCUGCCGGGCAUUGUUACCAUUUACGGCAAUCAGCCAGCUGGACCGCGCAUAUUUGGUACGCUACCCAAGCCAUCUGUUGUGGGCCGCUGUCCCACCUGCAGCGGCAAUCCAGAACGCACACAGAUAGCCAUACCAGAGCCGCGACUGCCCUGGGCACUGCCACGCAAAUCCUCCAGUCGCAUGCAGCAGCAGCAGGAGCUACAACAGCGCUGCUAUUACUGCGGCGGUGUCAAGAACAUUGAACGCAAUCUCUUUGAGGACUACGACUUUGACUACUCGUAUGAAUAA